CCCAUGGUGCUUCAUGCGGUGCAAGGGGUUUAGCCUGUUGGGCGCGCGUUGGGCAAGGCGUUUCAAACAAAAAUGGCGGAAAAACAUUUGGAAGCUGAUAAAGACGGUUUCAAAAGUGUCGCCGUCGCUGACACCGAGAAUGAGAUCAACUCUGUGGAGCAGACCUCGAAAAGAUGCUCCUCCACAAGCCCCGUUAUUCCAGCUCCCCCACACAAAUCUCCCCGUACUGACUUCCCAUCACCCACCUCUCAGACGCCAGCUCCCGGGGAAGGACCCUCAGAGACGGACCAACAAGAAAUUCAGAGUUCAGAGAAUAUUGAGGGACCCACUAGCCCCACCGUCAGCCCCAUUGCACGGAGGAAGUCCUGGAAGAGAGCCAAUAUAACCCGACGCUCUCUCCCUGCCCUUCAGAAUCCUUAUCAAGUGUUGUGCAGAAGCAUACAUCCAUCCUUAUCACAGGAAGAGAGAUUUGAGAAAUUGAUUGAGGCUUCAAUGAAGCUGGCAAUAGAAAGGACUCAAAAUUCCCUGCAGUCGGUACCAAACAUCUCACUGGAGAAUUUUCAAAAACAAGUUGAGCAUAUGAAGAAAGAGUCUGGCUGUCUCACCAAAGAUCUACGCAGUGAGGCUCAGGAUCACUUCCCAGCUAGUGCAGCAGGUGAUCCUGCUUUGCAAGGAGCUAUGAAAAAAUUCCAGAAACUCAUCUGUAGGCAUGUUACUCUAAAUAUUCAUAUAACACAAAGAGGAAUAUAUCAUUUGGUGUGCCACCUAGGUUCAUUUUUUUUUACUAGCCUAUGUCGUGUUUUAGGCUCCAGACAGAAAGUGAAUCUUGGGAGGCACUCUUGAACAAACACCAGAGGAAAGCAGAAGAGUUGGAAAGGAAAGUGAAGCAGGGUCAAGAGAAAGGCUUGUUGUUAGACUCUUCAUCUGUGGCCCGGUCUUCACAGUACCAAUUCAUACAGAGUAAACCGGACUACCAUGGCCUCCUCUGUCGACAACAGCCCAUGUUUCAAACUAUGGCAAUGAUUAUGGACAUUCAGUGUAAAAAGGUUAGACAGCUUCUGUCCAUCAAGGAGCAGUCCCAGUUGUUGGUGAAAGAGACCAGUGGACGAUUGGCUGCAAAGGCAGGAUUCCAGGAUCUUUCACCCGACAUUGUCAAGAACUUUAUGACAGCACCUCUUUCCUCUACAACUAUGUAGUCACCCUGACAGGAGGCAAGCACAAGCAAUCUGAUGGACAAUGGACCUAUAAGACUCUCUUUUUAAAGCUCACUUGUGUGUAUUUUCUUGUGAUUAUGAUUGCUUUGUCUUUUGUCUCAUACUUUAUAACAGUAAGCGCUAAUUGUAUGUGUCUACUAAAAAUAAAACCAACAUCAUAAAUGCAAAAAUGCCAGAUAGUUCAUGUUUGAUCCAGAAGGUGGCACUGCCUAGCUGUAAAAAAAAUAAUAAUAAUGUUGAAGAGCUUCAUAAAUGGCCAGCAAGGAUUUUUCUAGAAAGCAUUAAGUACAUAUUUGCCAGUAUAACCCUGAUUGAAACUAGUAGCUGUUCCAAUCUUAGGAACAGAUCAAUCUUUCGACAAAAUAAGCUCCACUUAAACUUGAACUGUAUGAGGAGCUGUCAGAAUUAGCAAAUGUAGUAACUUCCCAAACCAAGUCUGAUUCAUAGGGUCAUUUAAAAUAGACAUAAUAUUGAAGUCA